AUGAAUCAAAAUAUAGCCCGUGUUUAUGCUACUGCUUGUCUUGAUAGGUCUACUGACUAUUAUGAAUAUGAAUGCUUACAAGUAACUUGGGGUCAUCAAGAUGAUUAUGAAAUAUGUAGAAAAGUAGGCAGAGGUAAAUACUCUGAAGUAUUUGAAGGACUUCAUACACCCACAAAUCAACAAUGCAUCAUCAAGGUCUUGAAGCCAGUCAAGAAAAUGAAAAUUAAGCGUGAAAUCAAAAUCCUGCAAAACUUGGCGGGUGGAACGAAUAUUAUUCAACUGUUAGAUAUUGUGAGGGAUCCUCAAUCAAGAAUACCUUCACUUGUGAUGGAAUAUGUCCAUAAUACAGAAUUCAAAAUACUUUACCCAAAAUUCACUGAUUAUGAUGUACGAUAUUACAUGUAUGAACUAUUAAAGGCUUUGGAUUACUGUCACUCGCAUGGCAUUAUGCAUCGAGAUGUCAAACCUCAUAAUGUCAUGAUUGAUCAUGAAAAACGUCAACUACGUUUGAUUGAUUGGGGAUUAGCCGAUUUUUAUUUGCCUAAUACAGAAUAUAAUGUUCGUGUUGCUUCUCGUUGCUACAAAGGACCUGAACUCUUGGUAGACUUGAGACUCUAUAAUUACAGUCUGGAUAUGUGGAGUUAUGGUGCCAUGUUGGCUGGGAUGGUGUUCAGAAAAGACCCAUUUUUUAAUGGACAAGAUAACUAUGAUCAGUUAAGAGUGAUUACAAAAGUAUUGGGAACACCUUUGCUUGAAACAUAUCUCGAUAAAUACCAAGUGACGCUAAGUCAUCAUUACGAUGGAUUGAUUCGAACUUGUGAAGCUGUGCCUUGGUCUAAAUUUGUAGGCCCACAUAAUAAGCGUUACAUGUCAAAUGAACUAUUCGACUUUUUAAGCAAACUAUUAAGAUAUGAUCAUCAAGAGAGAUUAACAGCACAAGAAGCCAUGUCACAUUCAUUUUUUGACAUGAUUCGAAAAGACAAGGUGUAA